AUGGCGGCCUGCGGCGGUCUCAACAUCCAGAUGCUGCUGGAAGCGGCCGAGUACCUGGAGCGGCGGGAGCGAGAAGCCGAACACGGUUACGCCUCGCUGCUGCCCGGCGGUAAGGACGGGGAGGCCCUGCGGCGCCGCGCCAAGGCCAGGAAGAGCGGCGGCGGCGGCAGCAGGUCGACGCACAAUGAGAUGGAGAAGAACAGGCGCGCCCAUCUGCGGUUGUGUUUGGAGAAGCUGAAAGGGCUGGUACCGCUCGGACCCGAAGCCAGCAGGCACACCACCCUGAGUUUACUAACGAAGGCUAAAUUGCACAUCAAGAAGCUUGAAGACUACGACAGAAAAGCCGUACACCAAAUAGACCAGCUGCAGCGGGAGCAGCGGCACCUGAAAAGGCAGCUGGAGAAGCUGGGGAUAGAGAGGAUAAGGAUGGACAGUAUCGGAUCCACUGUUUCUUCGGAACGCUCCGACUCGGAUAGAGAAGAGAUAGACGUGGACGUGGAGAGCACGGACGACCUUCCUGCGGACCUCGACUGGAGCAGCAGCAGCAGCCCGAGCGACUCGGACGAAAGAGGGAGCCUGCAGAGCGUCUGUAGCGACGAGGGCUAUUCCAGCUCCGGC